UAAAAUAAAGCUAGAGCUAACGACUGUUGGUUAUUUAUUCGUUGCAUGUGUUCUGUUUAAGGACAGAAACUCUUACAUGACAAUGCACAUAUACUGUGUAUAUAAUGAGUGCAAGCUAUUCCCCUCUGUCAGUCCACGGUGGGCCACAUUUGUGGUAAAGCCUGUCCCACAGGCAGUUUUAAUGAGUGACGACACUGGACUUUUUCCAGACGGGGGGGUACACAGCGCAGGCUUCUGGGAGUCAGUAACUGGUCAAAUUAAUUAAUACAAUGCAUUUGGCAUGCUCAUUUGCAUUUACACAUAAUAUAUUUACUGUGUAUGAUACACAAAAGAGCAAAAUCAGUUCUCCAUCCUCCAUUUUGGUAUCUAAAUUUUGAUAUCUGUUCUCAAAUAUUUAUUUCAGCGGGUCUGCCCACAUUUCCUAGAAAAUUAGUUAAAUCAGCAUUAAUUCUAUGUUAUGGAUUGUCUUUCAUCCAUUCAUAGAAUUUAUUCAGAUGUAAGUGAAGUUGUGUAUUACUAUUUCAUGAUUUCAUCGUGUUUUCUUCUAGCAAUCCAUCCAUGUUUCUCAGUCAUUUCCCCUCCUAAUAAAAGGCUUCCGGCAGGUUGGCUGCUUGUACAGUAGAGGCCUUGUUUGUCACCCGUGUCUUUUACACUGUACCCUCGGUUAAUCCCUAUUGUCCAGUCAAGGCUCAUUAAUCUGGAUAACUGAUAUGAAUGAAGGGGGACUGAGCCUUCCUCUUCUCCCUCCCACCGCUGUCUCUCCCCCCGGAAAGGAAGUGACCUGCUUGUCUGAACAGGAAUCAGGCCAUGGCUGCACAGCAGGAUAACACCAGAUUUGUUUGUAUCCUACGCACAUGUUCACACGCAUACAAAUGUACACACACUAUGCACUUUUAUGUAUCAAACUUCCUGCACACAAGACCCACAUGUUCCGUCAUUCUGAGGGAUUUUUUCAUUCAUGUCUUUUGAUGGUUUACGGGUCAGCAGUGACCUCAAUCUGUGACAACUUCACUGUCUCUUCUGUGCUAACUAUUGCAGGCAUCUUCAGUCUCUUGUAAGUAAUUACAAAAAAACCUAAUCAAAGAUGGAAUGGAAUGGUGAGGGUUGGUCAAAAAGGUGCAAACAGCAAAGAGGUUAGAGUGGGACAGCAUGCUUAAGUGAGGGUUGGAAGAAAUGUGGGUUGGAAAGGGUGGAGGAGUUUCAGUCCAUUAGGGCCAGUAUCUUCCUGAAUUCAAGUAGCGGGCAUGAAAAUGGCAGAAAGCCAAAAGUGACAAAGUUCCAAAUCCUCAACGCUACAAAUCUUGAGCUCUGUCAAACACACUUAAAUCUGCUCAUAAAGACAAGUGAAUCUACAUCUCUCGUAACACUUGAAUACGUACCCGACCCCUUCUCCCUGCCGUUUGCUACACCUCCCCUCACCCCUUCAUAUGCAAAUCUGUUCAGAGCCCACUAUAAAUGCACCUAUUCUGUCAUCCUCUUCUCUUUCACACACAGAGAUCUUCAUUUACUCAAUAGACACACUUCUCCUGUUUUCCAACUUUUCUCCCAGGAUAACUGCAGCGAUCUGUCCUCAUUUUAUAUCCAUAAUGCCUUCCCAUUUAGCCUCCAUGCUCUUUCUCCUUCUGCUUGCUGGGCCUAGCAGCACAUUAGCGCUGAGUCCUGGCAGAGUGAGGGCAGAGGGCAGGGUUCGAUCUGGAGUAAAGGACAAGACCGAAGACAGGGAAAGUACUGUAGGUAACACUGAAACUGGAUUUGGAGAUACUCGUGUUUCUAAGCCAAGAGUGACAGCAGGAGAAGAUGUUGAGGUGUGGGAGGACCCUGGUGCUACUACCAACUUCAGAUCCACACUUUCUGCUAGCGAAGGUGGACUAUGGGAACCCCGCAGCUUCUCUCGCUGUGUCCCCAUCCCAUCAGGCAUGGCCUUGUGCCAAAACAUUGGCUACGACACUAUGAGGAUGCCCAACCUGCUGGGCCACGAGUCUCCAGCUGAGGCUGUACAACAGAGUGCCAGCUGGUUGCCACUACUUGCAAGAGAGUGCCAUCCCGAUGCCCGCAUCUUCCUCUGCUCUCUCUUUGCUCCCAUCUGUCUUGACAGGUUUAUAUCACCCUGCAGGAGUUUGUGUGAAUCUGUGCGAGACAGCUGCGCACCAAUCAUGAGUUGCUAUGGCUAUCCCUGGCCGGAAAUUCUGCGGUGUGACCAGUAUCCUGCAGACCAUCUCGUGUGCAUCUCCUCCAUCACCAACACCACUGUUCACCCAGGGGGGCGUAGAGUGCCUCAGGCAAGCUGUCAGGACUGUGAGCUGGAAGAGUCCUCCUCUUCUAAAGACACACUGGAGACAUUUUGUAGGAGCGAUUUUGUCGUGAAACUGCGUCUAACAAGACUCAAAUAUAGCCCAGCAAGUCUUUCUCAGUUCUCGCUUGCUGCUAAACUGAACGUCCUGAAGCAUGGACCCCUGGUGGGUGGGCAGAUCCGCUCUCGCAUUGAGCUGUGGUUGGAGAGGGAUGCCACCUGUGUAAGGAACAUGACACGGCAACACCCACGAGGCGGCACUUUCCUUGUAACAGGGACAGUGCAGGGAGAGCGCCUGGUGGUGAACAAGGCUUACGCCUGGCAAAGACAAGACAAGGACCUCAUGGCAGCUGCUCGCAAAUGGAAACAUCACCGAUGCAGGAAUUAGGCUCAUGUGUUCAGUUAGUGAAAUAACUGAACUGAAGACUAAAAAACAAGCAUUAACCAGCUAUGGUAGGGAUAGCAUUUAGAUUUUCGCCAUGAGGCAACAGCUGUAAAUAACGAGUGGUUUACUCUUUUCAAGUAGUUUUGGAAGAAAUGAAAUGGAGUGAGCUGGUUACAGUGGAGGUCAGUGUGCAUCAACAAUCUGUAUUUCAGGCAGCUGAGGUCAAAGAAAUAAAAGUUGAUUAGUAGAAAAUGUACAUAUCGGUUGCGUUUAACUUAAUAUUGCUGGACUUUUUGUAUGCUUUGAGAAUUAUUAAAUUUGUGUUCUAAACCUCAAAGAAAUGGUAAUUACUCAUGAAUAGCAGGUCC